GUUUUGUUUAUUAUUGAAGCUCAUUGGGCGGUAGUGAUGACAAAGAGGAUGUCCAUCCUCUUCGGUGGUGCCCCAUACUUGUUGUGUUCCUUCAACAUCCGCAGUUUUUACUGAAGAAGAUGGAAAUUUCUGUGGACGAAAGCAGAAUAGAGGAGCAAUUUGAGGAUGCGGAUAAUGAAGUCCUUGACGCAGAUUCUGAGGGGAGACAGGGAGAGUUAAUUACAUUCAGAACGAAUUACUUUAAAAUUAAUUACGACCCAGCCAAAUCAUUGUAUAAGUACAAAAUCAAAGUCGCGGGGAAUGGUUCCGGCAAUAUCGUUAAUUUCAAGAAAAACUACGGUCAUAUCAUUGGGCCUUACAUCGAAGAGCGAUGCAAUCUGUAUUGCGCAACGAAACCUCCAAUUAACCUGCCCCUGACUGAUGCAGAGAAUGACAUAUACUUGGAGUUUGUCAACGAGCUGCAGCCCCACGAGACUCGUCAACUGAGGAUGUACGCGAUUUUGAUGAAGAGGUCCCUCGAAGAAUUACAGUUCAGAAUGAUUGGCAAGUGCUAUUACGACCUCAACUCACCAAAGAGGAUCGAGAAUUACCCGUUGGAAGUAUGCCCCGGCUAUGUAACUACAAUUAAGAAGUUUGGUGACAAUGUUCUCAUGAGUGUCGACGUUAUGCACAAAGUUCUAUCUCGUAUGUCGGUUCUGGAUAUCUUAGAAAGAGCCAUUGAGGAUUAUGGACCUGAUUAUAAGGAAGCAUUUAGAACUGAAGUAGUAGGUCUUCCAGUCUGGACCCUAUACGACAAUAGAAUGUACCGUGUCGAGGGGGUCGCUUUUUCCCACACCCCACUCUCAAAGUUACCGGAAACUGCUCGACCAGAGAACGUGACAUAUAAAGAUUUCUUCCGAAAAAAAUUAGGAGUCGAGAUUCAGAACAGUUCGCAGCCAAUGCUGAUUGCUGAUGACACACCACGUUCGGGUCGUGAGAGAAGUGAGAAGUGCUUUCUCAUUCCGGAACUGUGUGCAGUUGCAGGAUUAAUUUCAUCACUGAAGCGUAAAACAGAGUUGACAUCUUGGAUUGCAGCACAAAAAGUAGUUGCACCGGAGACACGUGUGGACAGAUUGGAGGAUUUCGGUCGUCGUCUCCUUAGUAAUACUGUGCUCCAGAGAGAGUUUAAAAAUUGGAAUAUGCUGAUGGAUUCAAAGUUGUUCGAGGUACCCGGAAGAAUUCUCCCACCUCAGAAAUUGAUUUUCGCCGACGGUUGUCAGGCAAAUGUCGACAUUAAUGGUCAUUGGGGACUGUCAUACAAUGAGAAGGACUUUUUUCAUGCAAGAGUCCUUUCAAAUUGGGUGGUCGUGACACCAUCUCCCUACAGAAUCAAAACGCAAGAAUUCGUGGGGAAAAUCAUGAAAAACAUUCGCAAUUUCCACAUGUCACAGCCUCGCUGGGUUGAAUUGACGGAAAUAACACCCGAGGGCUACGGAUCAACCCUCGACAAAGCAUUUUGUGAUUAUCAGCCACAACUCGUGAUGGUGGUAACCACAGGACGUCAUCCUCACAUUUAUCCGGUCAUUCUGAAGAAAUGUUACGAGGAGAAUUCUAUGCCUUGUCAAGUAAUCACUGAUGGAUGCUUCACUUCAGACGAGCAAAAUGAUUUUGCCAUCAAGGUGGCCGUUCAACUCAACUGCAAAAUGGGAGGGAUUCCCUGGACUAUUCACAUGCCCUUGGACAGACGGUUGAUUAUUGGAGUGGACAUAUGUCAAGAUAAAAAUGAUGAAAAUGUGAAUUAUGUUUCUCUCGUUGCUGUAUUGGAUAGAAAUCUCACCCAAUAUGUUACCCUGACAAGUGCCUACGAAACAGAUGGACAGAAGAUUUCCCGCCUAACAUCAAACAUCUUCACAGUCAUUGACAAGUUUAGGGAUGCAAACGAUAAUUGUCUCCCCUCCAAGAUAAUAAUUUACCGAGGAAGCGUUCUUGAAAGAGACGCUCGACUCAUCAAAGAUCACGAAGUUCGUCGGGUCCAUGGUUCCCUGUCCAUGAUUUAUGGAGACGAAGCGCAACUGGAACUGGUGUAUAUUCUCGUCUCGACAAAUUCACAUAGCAGGUUCUUUCAUGGAUCCAGGAAUCCACCCUUGGGGAGUGUUGUAGACUGUACCAUCACGCAGCCUGGGAGGAGUGACUUUUACCUGGUAUCUCACGUUGCUGAGAACGACACAGUCAGCCCCACUUAUUACAAUGUUGUUCAUAAUUCAGCCAGUCUUCCCCUGGAGGAAAUUGAAAUAAUCACUUACAAAUUAACACACAUGUACUUUACGAAUAGUCACACUAUUCCAGUUCCUGCUCCUCUGCAGUAUGCUCGGAAACUUGUAACUAUGGUGGCCAUGUCUCUUCACACUCCACCAUAUUCAGGAAUGAAGAAUCUGUACUUUAUUUAGAGCAUUGAAACAAUACAUCUAAAUAUUUCCUGAAGGAGACAAGUGACCGGAAAUGUUUUCAGGCAUUACUUGUACGGGUUCGAGGGGGACAUUUGAUGUUUCAUUCAUUUUAUUCAGCUUUCAAGGUAUGCUUGCAAGCUGUAAGCAUAGAGAACUCUUUUCAAAAUGGCAAUCGUGUUUUCCAUCCCAAUGAAACUUGUUCACCUGAAUGAGUUGUUUCAGAUGCGUCAACAUUCGUUUAAAUUCCUGUGUUUUUAGUCAGAAACUGCUACGAAAAUAAGCUCUAGUAAGUAACUGAUGAUUCACACGGUCUUAGCGAGAUCUAGGGUGCACCUCGUGGAGGUAAAGUCCGCUCACAUCCCUUGCACUAACAACAAGGAGGGAAACUACUGCACACCUGUGUGGAGGUUCAUGCACUUGUUGCAAGUCAACGGGGGUAACAUGAACCCUCCAUACAAAUGUUUGCGGUAUUCGACUUUGAAAGCUGAAAAAAUGUAUGUAAAUGUAUGUAUUAGUAUGCACUAAUGAGACUGUAAGUGAGCAAACGAUUGUAAUUCCAUAGAACAAGACAUGUGCUCAAAUGGGCUAGAGAGGAGGGAAACGAAAUGCGAAAUAGAAGGGAAAAUCCCGAGAGGGUAUACAUAUGGGCAGUGAAAUAAAAAUAUGUGAAUUUCUAAAAGUCGAUUUUGAAAAAGUGGUAGAGAGGUGGGGGCACAUAUUGACAUGAUCCCCACACUGAGUAUUUUUGGGUCUCGGACCAUUCUAUAUCAUUUCUAAUGAAAAUUAACGAGUGUGAUCGAUUACGAUGUUUUCAUUCGGAUGCACAAAUUAUUGGAGUUUACAUUUAAAACUGUUGAUUAAAAAUUAAUUUUCACCAGUGUGAGUGUUUCAACAGAUUGGAAUGUGGGUACCGCCCGAAAAAAUCGAGUGAAAAAAGAAAAAGAGAGGACACAGGGAUUCACCAGUGUGAGAAGCUCAAGCUGCUCGAAAUUCCAUGAAUAUCUUUUGGCCGGAUUUCAGUCAAGCACAAAUGACGAGACUCUUUUUGUUUUUUCCUUAUUCAAAUGCUUCUCUCUCCCACGACCCCCAGAACUCCUCUCGUCGCAGCUCUUUACAUCCCACUCAAUACUGCACAUGUGAUCUUCAUACGUCCCGGUGAGUCCAAGCAGUAUUAGAAUAACCCAUUGCUGUCUUCGCAUUCUCAUCUCAUUCCUUAGUGUGAUCUUGAAGGGAUCAGUUUGUGUUAAUCUGCCUGGGAGAAUAGUCCAGAAUAGUCGGUCGUACAUAAUGGAACUCAUCAAAGGGACUGAUGCUGCAGGCAGUCUGAUAAAGCAAAUUUCUGAAAAUUCCAAUAUCACAUCGGCAAAACUCUCCGCAAAAGCUUCCAAAUCGAUGGAAAGUGAGGAGACUGAGGAAGUCAUUGAAUCAGCCCACUCCAAAAAAUCAAUCAUCACCUCAUCCACGAAGUCAUCGAGGUCAAUGGAGGUCGAGGAGGAGAUUGAGUACACGGAAUAAAUCCAAUAAGUCCGGGUGAAGUCCUACAAAAAAGUCCAGCGUUGCUCGGGAAUUUGACCAAAACAGUGAUAUCAAAAUUCUCAAUGUGCAGUGAAAAAACGGGUUAUCUUACUCUCCCCUAAUGAUCGUUUAAAAACUGUCCAAUUUUCUUUACUGCACUGAAAAAAAAUAUAAUUUUGCCAAUAAUAUUUUUUUCCGACAACCAAAUGCAAAAUUUCCUCUAAAAGUCUUGUCAAAAGAAUAUUCAGUUGACAAAAUUAUAUUUUUUUCUCAAUGUGACACCGAAUAUCAUUAUUGGAAUUGCGAGCCUGUUGAAUUACAAUUGUAGGAAGUGCAAAUACAUAUCCUCUUUUAUCCACUA